AUGCUGAACUUCCUGGAGCUGUGCGCGGACGCGGACGCAGAGGUCGACAUGUGCAUCUUCCUGGACUCGACGACCUUCCUGUACCGCGAGAACCAGACUGGGCUGGUCGAGGUGGCGGCGAGGCUGUUCCAGCAGGACCCGAUGGCCGUGGUGCUGCAGCCGCCGGACAUGUGUCUGAGCUCGCGGGCCUCGGCGAAGGGCGUCUGCAAGGUGGGGAACUCGACGACGAUCAAGCACGGCUUCUUCGUGGUCAACCGCGACCGCUUCGAGGGGUUCGCGCCAAUGCCCGUGGAGAGCGCGGGCCUGGGGAGCGUCUUCGAGGACAUCUUCGCUGAGGGGCUGACCAAGGGCGACCACGAGGGCGCGGUGAAGCAGAUCCGGUGCGGCGGCGCCUUCUUCGUCCACCCCUACGACCGCAGCCUGGGACCGUACGCCUGCCCGCACAAGAACAUACGUGCUCGAGCUCCCCGCGCACGCCCGGGACACGCUCGGCAGCCGCGGCGCCGGCCGCGCGAGGGUGGCGGAGGGCCACUUCGACGAGGACUACUCGCGCUUCAAGGAGAAGGCCCAGGGUGCCGCCGCCCUCCAGUCCCUGAUCGACCGCAUCGAGGCCGGGAAGCUCCCCGAGGCGAAGUACCCCGAGAGCGUCACCAACAGGUAUCUGGCAACGCGCGUCGUCACGGCUACGAAAUGCUCGGAAUCUGA